GGUUGUUGUUUCACUUGCUGUGUGAACCUGACAAGAACAUCAUGGAGGGUGAACCAUGGCUGAAUCUAUUCCUGCUCGCAAUACUGUGUCCUCUCAUAACUGGUGCACCAUCCUUUAUUCCAUGCCCUGAUGAGAAUCUCAGUAUUAUUGGGGGGAGAUUUGCUUUCUCAGAAGAUGGGAGCGCUGUAAGAUACAGCUGUUCAGAAGGCUAUUACCCAACUGUUAGAAUCCGUCUCUGUGUUAGGGGGAGAUGGAACCCGUUGCCCAAAAAAAAACUCCCAGAGUGCCAGAAAAUCACAUGUCCUGAUCCUCGCGGAUUUGAAAAUGGAGAGGUGUAUCCAUUUCAGAGGCAGUAUUUUGUGAACGACACAACCAACUACUCAUGUAAUUCUGGCUAUGAUUUCCGUGGCUCGGGGACUCGUGUUUGCAAGGUGAAUGGGAAAUGGAGUGGAGGCACACCAGUCUGUGGAAGAAACUCUGAUCUCUGUCCUGAUCCUGGGAUUCCUGCCGGCUGUACAAGAGAAGGCCACAGGUUUAAUAUAGACGACAAAGUCACGUACCGCUGUGAAAAUAAAUUUACUCUGGUUGGUUCCAAAGAGCGAGUCUGUCAGGAGAAUGGCCAGUGGUCAGGAACAGAGCCACAGUGUUACGCUGAUUUCACAUAUGACAGCCCAGAGGAAGCAUCAGAGGGUUUCAGCAGUUCUCUAAAGUCCAGUCUAGCGGUUUCUCAACAACAUGAAGGAAAAGAUCAGUAUGGAAAGCAAAUACAUGUGAAUAUAGGGGGAAAACUUGACAUCUACAUUGCUCUGGAUGCAUCUGCCAGCAUAACAAAAGAUGACUUACUAAAGGCAAAAACUGUCAUUAAAACACUUAUCGAAAAGAUCAGUUAUUACGAGGUCUCCCCAAAUUAUGAGAUCCUGAUUUUUGCCACAGACGUUACACGGAUAGUCUCCAUGAGGGACUUCAAGAGCGAGCAAAGAAAUAAUCUGUUAGAAAUUCUUCAAAGACUGGAGGAUUAUAACAGUAAAGGUGAACGAACAGGAACUAAUAUCGCUCUGGCAUAUAAGAGCAUUUUAGAAAGCAUGAAAAUCGAGCAGCUGAGAAACAAAGAGGACUUCAAGAAGACCCAACAUAUCGUCAUCAUGUUCACUGAUGGUCAGGCGAACAUGGGUGGUAAUCCAAGACCAUGGGUGGACGAGAUCAAAGAACUUGUAAAACAGAAUUCUCCUUCAGAGGAGGAAAAUCUUGAGCUGUAUGUGUUUGGGAUGGGAGAUAGUGUGAAUGCUGAGAGCAUUAAUGAUUUGAAGACUGACAGGGGAAAUGAGAAGUUUUUCUUCAAGCUUAGGGACUUGACAGAAUUGCAGAAGACAUUUGAUGAAAUGAUCGAUGAGGGCUCCAGUGUAGCAUUAUGUGGACUUUACAGAGAUUAUGACGAUGAAACUGAUUCCCACAAACGUUAUAAAUACCCCUGGUUGGCAAAGAUCACUGUGGCUCGCAGCAAUGGAAAAAUGUCAAAUUGCAUAGGGUCAUUAGUCACCUCAAGCUUUAUCCUGACAGCAGCUCACUGCUUCAGGUUUGACGACACACCUGAUAGAAUAACUCUUGAUUUCGGUUCAGAUAAUAAAGGAAUAAAAGUGAAAAAUUACAUACUUCAUCCUCGCUAUGAUGUUGCAGCAAAAAAGAAAAUGGGAAUACCUGAAUAUUAUGAAUUUGAUGUGGCUCUUAUUCAGUUGGAGGAUCCUGUUAUUAUGGGAGUCGGUCUUCGAACAAUAUGCAUCCCCUGCACCAAGGAAACAAGUGGAGCUCUGAAACUUUCAGAUAGAGAAGUAACAUGCAGAAAACAUCAGGAAGAGCUAAUGAGUGGAGAAACAGUGAAAGCUUCUUUCAUGUCUGUCGUGGAUAAUGACAUUGAAAAUAAACUAAUUACAAUCAAGCAGGGAAAAUGGAGGGAUGCUUGUGUUGAAGAUGCCAAAAAAGCUAAAGGAAUUAAUGCGACAAAUGCUAAAGAUAUUGUUACAGAUAAUUUUCUGUGCAGCGGUGGUACUGAACCUACUGUGGAUGAUGUUGCAUGCAAAGGUGACUCUGGAGGGGCCACUUAUGUGGUUCCAGGCAAUCGACUAGUCCAGGUUGGUAUCGUAAGCUGGGGAGUGGAGGACCUGUGCAAGGACACCAGAAAGCCUAAACCUCGUUCAUACACCAGGGAUUACCAUACAAAUCUGUUCAGUGCAGAAGUACGUGAAUUCCUUAAACGCUACCUAGGAGAUGAGAAACUGGGAACCCCUCUUACAUUCCUGUGAACACUGUGUUUAACAGUAUUCUAUUUGCCUGCUCAGAAACAUUAUGCACAUCUCUCAGUUAACUCAAAAUGUAUUUUCCUGCUCUGGAAUUUGUAAGAAAUGUGACAUAAUAAAAGCAUUGUGAAAUAAUGAA